AUGAAUUAUAUGUGCUUUAUAAUUACAUUGGAAAAUGUUUUUAUGGUACCUACCAUAAUUAUGUACAUAUAUAAAGUUGAUAAAUUUAAUAAAAGUAAAGCAUGUCCUGAUGUACAAAGAGAUGAAUGGAUGGCAACAUUUGUUCGAGAUAGUUAUUCAUCUGGAGAAAUUGGAUUUCGGGAGAACGGAUGUCACAUAGAAGAUUUUUUAGAAAAACAAGCUGAUAUGAUUCGAUAUUUAAAAGAACAAAACGUUCGACUAGUUCAAAAAGUUUUAAUACUUAAUAAUAUGGUAAAAGCUCAAUCUGAAAACACAAUGCAAUGUUAG